UACUUGGAUUCUAAAGUUCAAAGAUAUGUACCAGAUUUUUCCACGGCCCCACGUUGUAGACAGCUGGCUUUGUUUUCCUCCACAAGGCUAUGAAGGGCUGUAACUAAUGGAUCUCAGGCGGUCAAGACACCGAGGUUGUUCUUCGUACUUGGUUCGUUUUGCGCGUAUAUUUUGGCCGAUAACGAGCACGAGUACGUCGGCCGCUUUUAUCUUCGGCGCCGCAGACGAGAUUACCGAUGGCAGAGACGAGUGGCGCGACACCGACUGGGACAAGACAGUACCAGCAGCGGCAAGAAUCGAAUUGAGCAAGAGAGCUAAUGUUGUGGAAGAAAUUAAAUAUUCGCGGCUAGUGUAAGUGCCAAUA